AUGUCUGAGAAUCUUGUACACUUCGAAGGCUCUCUUGAUGAACUUAAAGCUAAGAUUGCUGCUGCCCCAGGUCUUAUUGUAAUCAAGUUUGGUUCUACGACAUGCAUGCCAUGUAAGAGAUUAAAUCAAAUGUUGCCAAACAUCGCUAAGGAAAAUACAGACGUCCAAUUCUUAAUGGUUGAUAUUGAUGAUAAGGAAGAUUUCCGCAAUGCCUAUGAAAUUUCUUCUGUUCCAACAGUCUUAUACUACAAAGGAAAUCAGAAGCUUGAUGAAAUCAUUGGUCUUAAAAUCCCUGACCUCAAGGCUAAAAUUGCACAGUAUAAGUAA